AUGUACAACCGAUACGCAGAAUCGGCGAGAGUCAACUGGACGUUGAACUUUGCAGCGAGCAACCCACAACAUAAGGCUGAGUGGAUGGAGCUCAUGACGCCGAAGAGCGUUGGCUUGAUCUUGAGAAGCAUCAAAACAGACUAUAAGUUUCCCAUGAAAUGGCCUGAUAGGGUAACCGUACUGCACAAGCUUCGAGACAAACCGACGCAAGACACCGAUCACUUCAUCUUGGACGUAGUAAUCCUCUCAGAAGCUCAGCGGCGACCAGCAGCGCGAUGCACCGAAGACAUUGUCGUGUACGACUAUCGCACAGCAAAGAAGUCUCCUUUGCCGUCUUUUAUGAUCCAGAAGUUCCAAGAGACAUUCAACCUACAAGAAGAAGCGAAGGAGAAGAACAGCAACAGGGUCAGAGUGCUAUUGGAUCGAGUUAGGGAACUAGAAAAGGGUAGCUGGGAUAGACCAGAUGCUAAGGAAGACUUUGGUAGCGCGGUUCAAUAG